UAAUUUUGAAUCAUAUUUAGGCACACUUUGAAGGAGCUUAUAAUUAAGCUGUUUUAAAGAGCUGAUAAGCUCAGGCAAACACCCUAAUAUCCCACCGAAAUCACCUAUAAAUAAACGUAGCCCUAUCUUCCAUGCAACCCAUCUCUUGUCCAUAUUAUUUCUCUAAAAUCAGUAUUAGUAUUGAAUCAGACAUGUCAUUUGCGUCCAACGCCACCGGAUUCCGCAUUCCGCUAACAACCUGUGUUUAUCCCUCCCCCAUUCUGCGAUUCAAUGCAAAGGUUGGGAGUGGAAGUAGUUAUGGUACCACAGAGGCACAGAGAAACAUGAAAUGCGUAGAUGGGAUUGGCAGAAGUCGGGUAGUCGCAGUUGCAGCAUCAGGUCGAACUUGGGACUCAAAUCCAGAGGUUGAAUCGGAGAAGAUGAAGGAAAUGAUUAGGUGGAUGUUCCGAGACAUGGACGACGGCGAGGUAAGCGUGUCAGCUUACGACACAGCAUGGGUGGCGCUGGUGGAAGACAUCGGUGGCAGCGGCGGGCCACAGUUUCCGACGAGCCUAGACUGGAUUUCGGAUAACCAGUUGGACGAUGGGUCGUGGGGAGAUCGCAAAUUUGUUCUCUACGACCGAAUACUCAAUACUUUAGCAUGUGUAGUCGCACUCACCACUUGGAAACUUCAUCCUCACAAAUGCGAAAAAGGGCUAAAGUUUAUUAGGGAGAAUAUUGAGAAACUUGAUAACGAAGAUGAGGAGCUGAUGCUUGUAGGAUUCGAAGUCGCAUUGCCAUCACUCAUUGAUUUAGCCAAAAAGCUUGGAAUAGAAAUCUCAGAUGAUUCUCCAUGCAUCAAAAAUAUUUAUGCAAAGAGAGAUUCAAAACUUAAAGAGAUACCAAUGGAUUUACUGCACAAAGAGCCCACAUCACUGCUCUUCAGCUUGGAAGGCAUGGAAGGCCUUGACUGGGAAAAACUAUUGACUUUACGAUCCGAGGGUUCGUUUCUUUCGUCGCCGUCGUCCACCGCCUACGCUCUCCAACACACCAAGGAUGAGUUAUGCCUCGACUAUCUGCUCAAGCCUGUCAACAAAUUCAACGGCGGAGUUCCAAGCACAUACCCUGUCGAUAUGUUUGAGCAUCUCUGGGCUGUAGAUCGCUUGCAGAGGUUAGGAAUUUCUAGGUAUUUUCAGGUUGAAAUUGGAGAAUGCCUCGACUAUGUUUACAGAUACUGGACAAAUGAAGGAAUUUCGUGGGCAAGAUAUACAAAUAUCAAGGAUAGUGAUGACACCUCCAUGGGAUUCAGGCUUUUAAGGCUGCACGGCUACGAUAUUUCUAUAGAUGCUUUCAAAGCAUUCGAGAAAGGUGGAGAAUUCUGGUGUAUGGCAGGGCAGAUGGGGCACGCUGUUACAGGAGUAUACAACUUGUACAGAGCUUCUCAGCUCAUGUUCCCUCAAGAACACAUACUCCUCGACGCCAGAAACUUCUCAGCCAACUUCUUGCAUCAUAAAAGACUUACUAAUGCUAUAGUAGACAAAUGGAUCAUUUCCAAAGACCUUCCUGCCGAGGUGGGAUAUGCAUUGGAUGUGCCGUUCUACGCCAGUCUACCACGACUGGAAGCACGAUUCUUCCUAGAACAAUAUGGGGGUGAUGAUGAUGUUUGGAUUGGAAAGACUUUGUACAGGAUGUUAUAUGUCAACUCCAACACAUACCUUGAGCUGGCAAAAUUAGACUACAAACAUUGCCAGUCUGUACAUCAGUUAGAGUGGAAGAGCAUGCAAAAAUGGUAUACCGAUUGCAAUCUAGGGGAGUUUGGGUUGAGCGAAAGAAGCCUUCUCCUAGCUUACUACAUAGCAGCCUCUACUGCAUUCGAGCCAGAAAAUCGUGAGCGGCUGGCUUGGGCUACAACAAUAAUUUUAGUCGAGACAAUCGCAUCCCAACAACUCUCCAAUGAACAAAAGAGAGAGUUUGUCAAUGAAUUUGAAAACGGCAGCACCAUCAAUAACCGAAAUGGAGGAAGAUAUAAGCCGAGAAGCAGAUUGGUCGACGUUCUAAUCAACGCUAUAACACUGGUAGCACAAGGCAGAGGCAUAAGUCAACAGUUGUCUAAUGCGUGGCAAAAAUGGCUAAAGACAUGGGAAGGAGGAGGUCACCAGGGAGAAGCAGAAGCACGGCUUCUUAUACACACGCUACAUUUGAGCUCCGGAUUAGACGAAUCAUCAUUUUCCCAUCCAAAAUAUCAGCAGCUCUUGGAGGUGACCAGCAAAGUAUGCCACCAACUUCGCCUAUUCCAGAAUCGAAAGGUGUAUGAUGCCCAAGGGUGUACAAGUCGAUUGGUAACUGGGACAACUUUUCAAACAGAAGCAGGCAUGCAAGAACUAGUGAAAUUAGUUUUCCCCAAAACCUCGGACGAUAUGACUUCUGCUACCAAGCAAAGCUUUUUUAAUAUUGCUAGAAGUUUCUAUUACACUGCCUAUUGUCAUGAAGGCGCUAUAGACUCCCACAUAGACAAAGUAUUGUUUGAAAAAAUAGUCUAGCUUCCCAGGAGAGUGACCCGAACAAAUCCUGUGAAUGAUGACCUAAAACAAGAUUGCAAAGCCAAUCAAUAAUGAACUAUUUAGUUCUCUGGAGUUUCUAUGGA